AUUUAAGACAGGAGCACAACACGACCAGCAUCAGUUUCUUGAAUCAGAAACAACAGGAUGACCUGCUUCAAGCUCUGCAUUCUCAUCUCUUUGGUGGUCGUUGGCUACUCAAGCCCAAUACCGCCACCUAUUGAUGAAGAAGAUGUGACCAUGGCUGAGAGUUUUCUGAACAAGUUGUACCCCCUGCCGAAGGGGCCCUUGGAUGGUAUUCAACGCUCCAGUUCAAUGAGUCUGAGGCUGAAGGAGAUGCAAACAUUUUUUGGACUUAAGGUAACAGGAAAGCUGAAUGAAGAGACACUGGACGUGAUGAAGAAGCCACGCUGUGGUGUUCCAGAUGUUGCGGCAUAUUCUGUUUUUGAAGGGGACUACAAAUGGAAAAAAAACGACCUGACCUACAGAAUUGAGAACUACACACCCGACAUGACGAAAGCUGAUGUGGAUGCUGCCAUUCAAAAAGCCCUGAAGGUGUGGUCAGAUGUUACUCCUCUCAGAUUCACUCGUAUCUUCAGUGGAACCGCUGAUAUCAUGAUCUCCUUUUCAGUUGGAGACCAUGGUGACGGUUACCCAUUUGAUGGACCCAAUAAUUUACUAGCUCAUGCGUUCCCUCCAUUUGCUGGUAUUGGUGGUGAUGCCCAUUUUGAUGAUGAUGAGGACUUCAGCAAAUCCCAUAAAGGGUACAAUUUGUUCCUGGUGGCUGCUCAUGAGUUUGGACACUCAUUGGGUCUUCAACAUUCCCAGGAUCCAGGUGCGCUGAUGUAUCCUACCUAUGUCUACAGAGAGGUCGAUACCUUCGCUCUCCCUCAAGAUGAUGUCAACGGUAUCCAGUAUCUUUAUGGUCCUAACCCUGAUAAAACUGAUGAAUCCCAACCCACAGCACCCAGCACUCCAGACAUAUGUAGUCCUAAACUGGUCCUUGAUGCUGUCACCAUGUUCAGAGGAGAGAUAAUGUUUUUCAAGGGCAGCUUCUUCUGGCGCAGUUAUCCAUUGAGUAACACAGUUGAGCAUCAUCUCAUCAAAGCCUUCUGGCCUGAGAUUCCAGAUAACAUUGAUGCAGCAUUCGAGAGUCCAUCGGACGACAAAGUUUACCUUUUUAAAGGUGAAAAGGUUUGGGCUCUCUAUGGCUAUGAUUUGGCACAAGGAUAUCCUAAGGAUCUCAGCAGCUUCGGUUUGCCAAAGAAGGUGAAGAAAGUUGACGCUGCGCUCUAUGAUGAGCAAACCUACAAAAUCCUGUUUUUCGCUGACAAUAAGAUUUAUAGUUAUGAUGAGAUGACACGGAGAAUGGAUAAAGGCUAUCCUAAACAGGUGCAAGAUGUGUUCCCAGGAAUGACAGGGAAGGUGACGGCGGCCUUCCAGUACCAAGGUUUCAUGUAUCUCUUUAGUGGACCCAAAAUGUUUGAGUUUGAAUCCUAUGACAAGAAGCUGUACCGUGUCCUGGACAACAGCUAUUUUCUGCCUUGUUAGUCUGCCUUGUUAGUCUGUUGAGUUUUUCAAAAGCACUGCAAUGCUCUAUCGGCCUGAAUUAUAUCCAGAACCUACCAGUAUUUUCAAGUCAUUUAUUAGGUUUUUUUGACUUAACUUAUUUUUUAUUUAUUUUUUACAAACAUUGAUUGAAAAAGAUUGUUAAUUAUUGGUAGUUAUUAGAAAGUUGUUUGUGGGUAAGCUAUAGUAGCCUUUAAAAGUUGUUUACAGAAAAACAAAACUGUGUGUGUGUGUGUGUGUGUGUGUGUGUGUGUGUUUUAU